AAUAAAUGUCUAUGUGAUUCGAAAUUAGCAAAAUCUAUUUCAUAAUGCUCCAGCAAUAUUAAGCAGAGAAGCUUUUUAGAAGUGAAUAGUUACAAUGGUACAAUUAACAAAUUCGAUUGACGAUGAGAUGACUUUCCAAAUUUUUCAUCUGUUCUGGGAAAAUAUGACCGUUACUGUACCUAUUGAGGAUGAUGAGUGUUCGGGAAAAGUGUGGUGCAAGUUGUUGCGUAAAAAAAGCGUGAAAAUGUUUACUAUACUGAAAGGAGUAUCUGGAUACGCAGAAACCGGUAAUAUGUUUGCUAUAUUAGGACCAAGUGGCGCCGGCAAAACCACGUUUCUUGCUGCCUUGGCGAGAAGGCUCAAAUUAACUUCGGGCACAGUGAAGAUCAAUGGGCACGACGUUUCCAAAGAAACGAUGGCAGAAAUAUCGAGUUAUAUGCCGCAGUUUGACGCUCUGCCCUCUGCACUCACACCAAGGGAGUAUAUGUCGUUCGUGUGUGCUCUGAAAAUGGGAAAUAGUUGCAGUGCAUUACGAAGAAAAACCUUGGGCGAAGAACUUUUGCGAGAUCUUGCAUUAUACGAAUGUAUCGAUACUCUUAUAUCGAAACUAUCGGGCGGUGAAAGAAAGCGUUUAUCGUUAGCCACGGAAUUAGUGACAAAGCCUAAAAUAUUUUUUCUAGACGAGCCAACCACAGGUCUGGACACUUUUGCCGCGAUAUGCGUCGUGCAAUCGUUGAAACUGAUUGCAUCGAGAGGUACAAUAAUUUUUUGUACGAUUCAUCAGCCCGGUAUGAUGAUAUACAAUAUGUUCAGUCAUGUAUUAUUAAUGGCGGAUGGAAGAUCGAUAUACUUCGGGACUUUAGGAAAUGCUACAGAUUUUUUUAAAAGCCAGGAUUAUCACUGUCCUGUAAACUACGACGAGUCCGAAUAUUACAUAAACAUCCUGUCACGUCAAAAUUGGACAACGGAUCGCAGUAUUGAACUGUGUCGAGCGUUCUCGCAAUCGUCACUGUCAAAAAUUCCUGCGAUCGAGAAUGCGAGAACAAUUUUUCACGCGCGCGUCGUUCCACAAAAAAAAUCAGGAUGGUUUGUACAAUUUUAUUGGUUGCUCUGGAGAAUAUUUUUGCAAGAUAAAAGGACAGUUUCCGACAAUUGGACCGCGUGGUUUUCUUUUUCGCUAUCCGUAAUCUUUGUCAGUAUUUUUUAUGUCGGCACUAAAUCAUCGACACAAGAGGGAAUACAAAACAUUCGCGGUGCGUUAUAUAUGAUGAUAUCUGAAAUUAUAUUUACGGUCGCCUAUUCUGUCAUUUACGAAUUACCUGGCGAACUUGUUCUUUACCUUCGCGAGAGUACCGUAUAUGCGCCAGGACCCUAUUACUUCGCCACUAUUUUCGGCUCGAUACCCAAGACAAUAUUCAAAGCAUUUUUGUUCACGGUCGUAAUGUAUUUCCUGUUACAUUCCGAAUUUUGGCUACUUGACUUUUGCUUGUAUUGUCUCUGUACGACAAUGACGGCGAUUUGCGGUACCGCAUACGGCAUGAUGAUUUCCAGUUGGAUCACCGACAUCGACAUUGUUGUCACGAUAAUGGUACCGUUCGAUUUGCUAUUCCUUUUGACGGCGGGUGUGUUUUACAAUCUUCGAACUCUGCCGAGCUACUUGGGCUACUUCAAAUAUGUGUCGGUUUUUUAUUACGCCACCGCAGCUGUAUCGAUAAUAUACUGGUCGGGAAUAAAGAAUAUCGACUGUCCAGUCAAUCGCGACCUGCCUUGUUUAUCGAAUGGAACGGAAGUUUUAUCGAAGUAUGGAUAUAACGAAGGGAACUUUUGGUGGGACAUGACCGGGUUACUGCUUCUGACAAUUCUGAUGAAUGUUAUUGUAUAUUUUGGUAUAAAAAGAAAAAGGGCAACAAGAUCAAUUAUUUAAUCUAUGAUCGAGAGAGGUAGUCGCGAAAAGCGUCUUUACAAAGAUAUACCAAUAAGCUUUAAAAAUGUUUGAAAUAAACAGAUU